UCCACUGGAAUAUUGGAAAUAUUUCGUAAGAAAACAUAAAUGGCGUUGCUAGAAAACCAAAAUUUGUUUUGAAAGUGAAAAUUUGUCGUUUUCUUUGUGAAAAACUGUAAAAAUUUUGCAAUGUGUGGCCGAACUUGUUUAACUUUGGCUCCGGAAGAUGUUUGUCGAGCUUGCAAGUACAAAGCCUCAAAGGGGGCCAAUGGGAAGAAGGCAGAGCCUGAGUGGCGAUCGGAGUACAACCUGGGGAAGUCCUACAAUCCAUCUUAUAACAUUGCUCCCACUGACAUCACUCCAGUCUUGAUUUCUGAGGCGCAUUUCGAGGAUGAAGAAGAGGGAAAGGCUUCCGGAGAGAAGAGAGUUCUCGUGCCAAUGAUGUGGGGAAUUGUCCCAUUCUGGCAUAAGGGACAGUACAACACUCACGGAUUGACCACGAAUAAUUGUCGCCUGGAGAAUCUUAUGAAUUCCCGGCUCUACAAACGCUCCUUCAUGAAUGGUCAGCGCUGCGUGAUCGUCUGCGAGGGAUUCUACGAGUGGCAGACAACCAAGAAGGCCAAAUCCUCCGAGAGGGAUGUCUUCUUCAUUUACAGCCCUCAAGCCGAGGGCAUUAAGAUCGAGGACAAAGCCACUUGGGAGCCAGAAGAUGUUGAUCUUCUGAAAAUGGCGGGAAUCUACGAUGUCUGGACAAGUGAGAGCGGAGAUACUCUCUACAGCUACACCAUCAUCACUUUCCAGUCUAACAAGAAGCUCUCAUGGAUGCACGAUCGGAUGCCAGCAAUUCUGGACACAGAAGAAAAAGUUGCCGAUUGGCUGGACUUCAAGAGAGUAAAGCCAGAAGAUGCCCUCAAACUGCUUAAGCCAACGGAAAAAAUCACUUGGCAUCAAGUGUCCAAGAUCGUUAAUAACUCCCGGAACAAAUCUGAUCAAUGCAACAAGCCCAUCAAAGGAGAAAAAAGAGGCAGUAGCCCUAUCAAGAGCAAAAUGAUGCAGGCUUGGCUGGGAAAACCUCAAAAUUCCAAGCCUUCCAAGGACGAAGAAAGCGAUCCGGGAAGUGAGAAAAAGCCGAAAUUGGAGAUAAAAGAAGAAGAACCACCGACUUCUGACUAAUCCCACAGAUAUCUAAGCCAGAAAUAUUACACGGGUAUUUUUUAUCUAUAUUUUAUCAAUAAAACCGAGAAAUUCCAUCAAA